UUGGGGAAACAGCUCUGGUUCUUCUAGAUGGCUGGGGUCUAGACGGCGAGCUGGGCAAGUGAGAUUUGAUGAACAACUCCCACGCACCCCCAUCAGCCCUCCCCCCGACUUUAAAGUCUCUUCUUGAGGCUAUGCAAGGGAUGCACAGUGUCACGCGGACAGACAUCUCUUGUGAAUGGACUCAGGAAUUCUUCGUGGUGCUGCAUUAUUUCACUCUGGGGGCAGAGAUGCUGGGGUGAGAGGUUGCCCCGUCUGCUCUGCACCUCCAGGGAACCCUACCCCCCACCCACACACACCUCCUUGGGCCUAGCGUCCGGGUUCCUUCCCCUCCCUCUUUCCCUUUUUCUCCUCUUGCCCACCUCCUCCCCCUCUUCGCCUCCCCCCGCGUCGGCCGGGCGUCAUCGCCCCCUUUCCCCUCCCAUCUCCAGACCGGCGCGCAGCUCAGCUCUGGCCUCCUCCGCAGUCUCCGCCACGAGCCGCUGGUGGUGCUGGCGGGUCCGCGAGGCUCGUGGCAGCAGCCCCCGCCCGCCCUCGCCAGCGCUGGGACCGCCUCGGGGGCCUUUGAGUCGAGCUGGGCAGCGUCCCGGGCACCGGGCACCGAAUAUGCUUCGCAGGACAAAAGAGAAGAACAAAAUGGAAAACGUGCUAUUUUGUUGGAUAUUUUUCACCCUUGGGUGGACCCUCACUGAUGGAUCUGAAAUGGAACAGGAUUUUAUGUGGCACUUGAGAAAAAUACCCCGGGUUGUCAGUGAAAGGACUUUCCGUCUCACCAGCCCCACCUUCAAGGCAGAUACUAAGAUGGUGCUAGAUAGAGUGUGUGGCAUUGAAUGCCAGAAAGAACUCCCAGCUCCCAGCCUUUCUGAUGUGGAAGACUCUCUUUCCUAUGAGACUGUCUUUGAGAAUGGCACCAGAACCCUGACUAGAGUGAAAGUCCAAGAUGUGCUCCUUGAGCCAACUCAGAAUAUCACCACAAAAGGAGCACUGGUGAGGAGGAGAAGGCAGGUUUAUGGCACAGACAGCAGGUUCAGCAUCUUGGACAAAAGGUUCUUAACCAAUUUCCCUUUCAAUACAGCUGUGAAGCUCUCCACAGGCUGCAGUGGUAUCCUCAUUUCCCCCAGCCACGUUCUAACAGCGGCCCACUGUGUGCAUGAUGGAAAGGACUACAUCAAAGGGAGUAAAAAGCUAAGGGUAGGGUUGUUGAAGAUGAGAAAUAAGGGUGGUGGCAAGAAACGUAGAGGUUCUAAGAGGAGCAGGAGAGAGGCGAAUGGUGGUGACAAGAGAGAAGGUACCAAGGUGAAUCUGGAGAGAGACAAGGCUGGAAGAAGAAGAAGAAAGGAAUCUGGUCGGGGCCAGAGAGUUGCUGAGGGGAAGCCCUCCUUCCAAUGGACCCGGGUCAAGAAUACCCACAUCCCCAAAGGCUGGGCUAGAGGAGGGAGAGGGGAAGCCGCUUUGGACUAUGACUAUGCUCUUCUGGAAUUGAAGCGCCCUCAUAAAAAGAAAUAUAUGGAACUAGGAAUCAGUCCAACCAUCAAGAAGCUGCCUGGAGGAAUGAUCCACUUCUCAGGAUUUGAUCGUGAUAGGGCAGAUCAAUUAGUCUACCGGUUUUGUAGUGUGUCUGAUGAAUCCAAUGAUCUCCUCUAUCAAUACUGUGAUGCUGAGUCGGGCUCCACUGGUUCUGGGGUCUAUCUUCGUCUGAAAGAACCAGACAAAAAGAACUGGAAACGCAAAAUCAUUGCGGUCUAUUCGGGCCACCAGUGGGUGGAUGUCCAUGGCGUUCAGAAGGACUACAAUGUGGCGGUGCGCAUCACUCCCCUCAAGUAUGCCCAGAUUUGCCUCUGGAUUCAUGGAGAUAAUGCCAACUGUACUUACGGCUGAUGGAAAUCUGAAACGAGUCAAUGGAUUACCUAAAUCGUGGAGCAAACCAGUUAUUAUGGUAGCAAGAUCACUUCAUAGGUUAUGCCCGGACUUGAACCCUAUCAAUAACAAUUCAACAUUUUUAUAAAUUUACCUUUUCAAAAUUAGAAGCUUUUCAUAUGUUUAAAAAAUACUUAGGUACAAAUACUGAAACUAGAUGGGCACCUAAAUGUCAAGUAUAUAUUCUUCUUUUACAUAGUGAUAAGUAUCAUUUGUGGGAAGUCUUUUGUUUCUCUCUGCCUUCUUAAAAUUAGUCACUCUUUAAAAGUUCAAACUGGUAUUAUACACAGUAUGAUUUUUCAGUGGACUUAUUCUCAGGGUCCUACUCUAACAAGAAUCUAAUAGGGUGCUGGUUGCAUAUUAAAUGUGAAACUGCGUAUACAGACAUAGACAGUGUCAGGGUGGAGACGAUGACUUACAAUAGUUUGUACUACUUGGAGAUGGACCCAUUCAGUUCAUGCCCUCUGUGCUUAUAUUAUGCUUUCUGUUGGGUCUGAGAAACUUUGGUUUAGAUUUUUUUUUUUUUUUAAGAAUUACAAGGUACAGCAAACUUUAUAAGCAAAGCUAUCAACUGUUUCACUGCUUUAAAAAAUAUCAGUUGAAGUGUUUAUUAUUUAAAAAUGAGAGACAUACUUUGUUCUAUGAAAUAAAUCUAGUUGAAAAAAUAGGGAAGCUGAGACAUUUUAAGAUCUCAAGUUUUUAUUUAAUACUGAAAGCAUAGACUUUUCAUGAAUGCAGAGGGAAGACAGUUAAAAAGUUACAAAUGAUCAUGUAUUGAAAGCCUCAUCGUUUUAUGCUAUAGUUUUCUGUGUAUGAGGUGUUAGAGUUUUAGGACAAGGAAUUUUAUUUAGUCUUUUUCAAUAGAGAAUCUUUUUCCCAUUGACAUGACAGAUCUCAGCUUUCUUAAUAGAGCCAUACACAUAUUAUUUUGGCUAUUUCUCUGCCUAAUAAUUUUAGAUAUAUCCCUAAAAAUGAAUAUAAUUUACAAAUACAAUUUUUAAAAGGAGUUUCUGAUUAUUUUCAUUAGGGACCAAGGCUGUACACUCCUUCCGGCCACCAUGGCCGCCUGAGCAGACAGAAUCCAAUGACUGCCUUCAGGCACAACACAGAGUAGUUACAUAUUUCUUGAAUGAGCAGAUAUUUUGCUGAAUCGUUGUAAAAGGGGGUUAGUUCAGGCCAUUAUGUUGAAAGGGUUGUAGUGAUUUGCUGUUGAGCACACCAUAAAAUUCGGGAAUGGCAGGCCUAAUUUCUGGUCUGCUAUUUUUGGCAGUUUCUACAGCACACAUUCCUUUUUCUCAUGACUCACCUAAGUCAUUGAUUCUGCUGGAGUCAAAAUUUAUUUUACCUAUUAUUUUUUUUAAGAGAAUGGGGAGUUAUACCCUUGAUUAGUAUGCAAAAGAAUAUUGGAUUAGGUUAUGAUAAAAGGUGAUUUUAUGAAUGUUGUCCAAAAUACCUGGAAUUUAAUACGAGUAUACAUACUUUUAUGGUGUGAAUCUGUUUAAAAAUCAUUCAAUAAAAAUUUAAAAAAUUAA